AUGGUGGUUAUCGGGGAGAAGCUUGAUCUCAGUCCACGGUGUUCAGCUCAUUCUGUUUCCCAGCUUGAUCUCAGUCCACCGUGUUCAGCUCAUUCUGUUUCCCAGCUUGAUCUCAGUCCACCGUGUUCAGCUCACUCUUCUUCCCAGCUUGAUCUUAGUCCACCGUGUUCAGCUCAUUCUCUCUUCCAGCUUGAUCUCAGUCCACCGUGUCCAGCUCAUUCUGUUUCCCAGCUUGAUCUCAGUCCACCGUGUUCAGCUCAUUCUUCUUCCCAGCUUGAUCUUAGUCCACCGUGUUCAGCUCAUUCUGUCGCUCAUCUUGAUCUCAGUCCACCGUAUUCAGCUCAUUCUCUCUUCCAGCUUGAUCUCAGUCCACCGUGUCCAGCUGAUUCUGUCUCCCAGCUUGAUCUCAGUCCACCGUGUCCAGCUCAUUAUGUCCUCCAGCUUGAUCUCAGUCCACCGUGUCCAGCUGAUUCUGUCUCCCAGCUUGAUCUCAGUCCACCGUGUCCAGCUGAUUCUGUUUCCCAGCUUGAUCUCAGUCCACCGUGUCCAGCUCAUUCUGUCUCCCAGCUUGAUCUCAGUCCACCGUGUUCAGCUCAUUCUCUCUUCCAGCUUGAUCUCAGUCCACCGUGUCCAGCUCAUUCUGUUUCCCAGCUUGAUCUCAGUCCACCGUGUUCAGCUCAUUCUUCUUCCCAGCUUGAUCUCAGUCCACCGUGUCCAGCUGAUUCUGUCGCUCAUCUUGAUCUCAGUCCACCGUAUUCAGCUCAUUCUCUCUUCCAGCUUGAUCUCAGUCCACCGUGUCCAGCUGAUUCUGUCUCCCAGCUUGAUCUCAGUCCACCGUGUCCAGCUCAUUAUGUCCUCCAGCUUGAUCUCAGUCCACCGUGUCCAGCUGAUUCUGUCUCCCAGCUUGAUCUCAGUCCACCGUGUCCAGCUCAUUCUGUUUUCCAGCUUGAUCUCAGUCCACCGUGUCCAGCUCAUUCUGUCUCCCAGCUUGACCUCAGUCCACCGUGUUCAGCUCAUUCUCUCUUCCAGCUUGAUCUCAGUCCACCGUGUCCAGCUCAUUCUUCUUCCCAGCUUGAUCUAAGUCCACCGUGUUCAGCUCAUUCUGUCGCUCAUCUUGAUCUCAGUCCACCGUGUUCAGCUCACUCUUCUUCCCAGCUUGAUCUCAGUCCACCGUGUCCAGCUCAUUCUGUCUCCCAGCUUGAUCUCAGUCCACCGUGUCCAGCUCAUUCUGUCUCCCAGCUUGAUCUCAGUCCACCGUGUCCAGCUCAUUCUGUCCUCCAGCUUGAUCUCAGUCCACCGUGUCCAGCUGAUUCUGUCUCCCAGCUUGAUCUCAGUCCACCGUGUCCAGCUCAUUCUGUCCUCCAGCUUGAUCUCAGUCCACCGUGUCCAGCUGAUUCUGUCUCCCAGCUUGAUCUCAGUCCUACGUGUCCAGCUGAUUCUGUCUCCCAGCUUGAUCUCAGUCCACCGUGUCCAGCUGAUUCUGUCUCCCAGCUUGAUCUCAGUCCACCGUGUCCAGCUCAUUCUGUCUCCCAGCUUGAUCUCAGUCCACCGUGUUCAGCUCAUUCUGUCUCCCAGCUUGAUCUCAGUCCACCGUGUCCAGCUGAUUCUGUCUCCCAGCUUGAUCUCAGUCCACCGUGUCCAGCUGAUUCUGUCUCCCAGCUUGAUCUCAGUCCACCGUGUCCAGCUGAUUCUGUCUCCCAGCUUGAUCUCAAUCCACCGUGUUCAGCUCAUUCUGUCUCCAAGCUUGAUCUCAGUCCACCGUGUCCAGGUGAUUCUGUCUCCCAGCUUGAUCUCAGUCCACCGUGUCCAGCUGAUUCUGUCUCCCAGCUUGAUCUCAGUCCACCGUGUCCAGCUGAUUCUGUCUCCCAGCUUGAUCUCAGUCCACCGUGUCCAGCUGAUUCUGUCUCCCAGCUUGAUCUAGGUCCACCAUAUUCAGCUCGUUCCGGUGUAGUGAGGGUAGGUGAAACCAACGAGUAUCGGUAUCGAGAGGUGGUGUUAAACCCAGCUGUACCGGUGUAG